AUGCGUUUUGCUUUUGAUGUGUCACUUAUGAAGGGAUGUAUUAAUAUUGCCAUAGUGAUAGUCAGCUAUGGCUCCAGGAUAUCUAUGUUACGACCGAAGGCUUUAGGCCUUCCUCCUCAUAACAUAAUAUCGCCCCCAGUCACGGUCGAGCUCGUCCGAAAGCGUGCAGAACACAACGAAGGCGAGCUGUCCACGCUGGAAGAGAUCUCUCUACACCAGCAAGACAUCGAGAAAAUCGAACACCUCCAUCGCUGGUGCCCGCGUCUCCGGAUCCUCUACUUGCAAGGGAACCUCAUUGCUAAGAUCGAGAACUUGGGUCGCCUUCGAGAGCUGGAGUACCUCAAUCUCGCCCUUAACAACAUCGAAGUCAUUGAGGGUCUUGAGAGGUGCGAAUCCCUAAGGAAACUCGACCUUACCGCCAACUUCGUGUCUGAAUUGACUUCGAUACUCUCACUUCAGGAUCUUCCUAAUUUGAAGGAGCUAUUCCUCACCGGAAACCCUUGCACAGGCUUCCGAGGCUACAGACCGUGGGUGAUAUGCGCUCUCCCGGGCCUCGAAGAACUAGACGGUGAAGUGAUAACGAGGGCGCAGCGCAUAAGAAGCGUCCCCCCCGCCUCUUCGCCUCGACGGCCGCCCCCUCAACGCCAACCGCCGCCAAGGUCUCGAGUUCGACUUCAAGGAGGACGAGCAGCCGCAAUGCCUUGCGUCCUCGAGGUUCACACGUACAAGUACCUCGACGCCAGCCAGGUACAGUGUGACGUCGAGCCCUGGUACGUUAGGGUGUCCAUAAGGGGGAAAGUGCUCCAGUUGGUGCUGCUGGAAGAGGUCAGGCCAGGUCAGUCCACGGCGCAGAGAUCGCAGGUCACAGGUCAUUUGCUGGUCACCAUGCCCAAGAGCACACGAUACAAAUUUAUCUCCAAACGGUCUCCAUAA